CCUUCUAAUUCAAUGUGCCAUAUACAAACUAGUCAGUGAUUCAAACACAUAUAUUAUGAGAUUUUCAAAACCAAUAGUGAUGGAGUUCAAGGUUAGAACUUUCCUUGCAACAGUAGUGAUGUUUCUGUUGGCAUCAAGUGUGUUCAUUUUGGAAAGUGAAGCAGGUGGAGAAUGUGGAAGGACACCAAUUGGGUCAGCAGCUGCUAGUCUAAGUCCAUGUUUGGGUGCUGUACGUAAUGUUAGGGCAAAAGUUCCACCAGUUUGUUGUGCUAGAGUUGGUGCUUUGCUUAGAACUUCUCCAAGAUGUCUUUGUUCAGUUCUUUUGUCACCUCUUGCAAAACAAGCUAAGAUUAAUCCUGCUAUUGCUAUCACUGUUCCUAAGAGAUGCAACAUUAGGAACCGACCUGCUGGAAAGAAAUGCGGAAGGUACACACUUCCUUGAAACCUAAGCAGGAAAAUAAUACAAUACAUGUGAUAUGCAGUAUUUAACAGAUUAGAGAGCUAAAUAAAUUAUGUAACAUGGCAUUUUCUACUUGGAGAGUGGCAUGUGUCAGCCUGUAGCAUUUUGUAUUACUCAGUGUAUUGUUUAUUACAGAAGCAAGCAAAUACAAAAGAAACUGAAGACAUUACUUAAAGCACAAGUUACAUUUACAUUUGUAAUUUCAGAUUGCAUUUACAUUUCAUUUAGCUUACAUCUAGUUGGUUAGAUGUUAGUUACUCUCUAACCUUCUAUAAAAGCUUCUCUAUAUAUGUAACAGAUUCCAGAAUAAUGAAUGAUAUAUAAUCACUUUUCCUA